AGCAGACAGGACCUCGGGAGCUCUUUGGUCCCUCACACAUCUCUCCCUCCUUCUCAACCCGUGCACAGACACGCUGCUCUUCUCACCUUCUGAGGAGUACCACUGCAAACUUGGAAUUAGAAUUAGGCAGUUGCUGUAAAUUCUAGAUCUGCACGGUAUGAUUCCAUUCUGGAAUGACUUGCCCCAAAAAAACCUCACAUCUGCUCCUCCUUCUAGGAGGACCCUCCUCUCCUGGGCGCUCGGCAUCGCCUGGCGAGGUCAUAUAAAAGCUUCGGGCACUUCUUCAGCCAGGCAGCGCGGGUGGGGCCCAGGGUGAUGUUAGGUAGAGUGGACCCAUACAUGACUACUGCCUGACAGGAGCAUCAACGAGAAGAAAGAAGAGAAAGAAAAAAAACACCCCUCUGGAUUCUCCUCGUCCUCAAUGAGUUUACAUGUCUAAUAUUUAAACAUGUUUAGCUUUGUGGAUGCCUGGCUCGGGCUGUUGCUCGUCGUCACGAUUCUCUCUGUGAGGAUUCAUGGUCAGAAGGAAAUUGCUGUAACAGAAGGCCCUAGUUUCUGUGAGUAUGACGGCAAGAUCUACCCCGACGGGGAGGAUUUCCGUCCAGAACGAUGCAAGCAGUGCAUAUGCGAAAAGGGAGUGGUCUCUUGCCAGGACAUUAGAUGCAUCCCGGUAGAUUGUGCCAAUCCAGUGAUACCACCUCAAGAAUGCUGCCCCAUCUGCCCAGAUUCACCAGGAGACCCCGGACCACCAGGCCCUCCUGGCCGAGAUGGCAAUCCAGGUUGGCCUGGAUCUGAGGGGCCUCGCGGGCCUCCAGGACCCCCUGGCAUCGGUUCAUCCUUUAGACCUCAGUAUGAUAAAACAGACGGGGGUGGAAAAUAUUAUGACGGAAAAGGCGGCGGUGCUGGGAUUAUGGGUCCACCAGGCCCUCCGGGUCCCGCCGGGCCUCCAGGAAAUCCAGGUCCCGACGGUCUAAUAGGUGGGCCAGGACCUCAUGGUCUUGUGGGAGAACGUGGUCGCCAGGGUCCAUCAGGUCCCCCGGGUCCUCCAGGCAUACCUGGCCUCCGUGGAAAAGAUGGUAAUGAUGGCAGUGAUGGUCGACGUGGUGAUGUUGGUCUCCUAGGUCUUCAGGGUCCUCGUGGAUACCCCGGAACGCCAGGUCUCCCAGGGAUGAAAGGGUACAGGGGUUUAAAUGGCCUGGAUGGACCUAAGGGAUAUCCUGGUCUCCAAGGACUAAAGGGCGAGUCCGGUGAAUCUGGAAAAGAUGGCAUUUCAGGGCGUCCGGGUGAGCGUGGGUUGCCUGGGGAGGAAGGCCUUUCUGGACCGGCAGGAGCCACUGGUGUCCGCGGUCAUGAUGGCCCUCCUGGCACUAUGGGUCUCAUGGGACCGCCGGGUCCACCUGGCCCACUGGGCUUCCAAGGUCGUGCUGGAACCAAUGGAGAGCAAGGACCCAAGGGAGAACCAGGGCCACGAGGAGAGAAUGGGGGGCCUGGCUUACUGGGGAAGAAGGGCCCCCGAGGUCCCAUUGGAGAUGUCGGAAUAUCUGGGAAAGACGGAGAACCAGGAACAAAGGGAGACCCUGGGCCACCAGGUCUACCAGGUGCCUCGGGCUUUGCUGGAGCUACUGGCCUCCCAGGGCCAAGCGGAGGCGAAGGAUCACAGGGGCACAAAGGAGGCAUAGGUGUCGUGGGAGCAAUCGGAGCCAGAGGGGAUCCCGGACCUAAAGGAGAACCAGGUAUUGACGGAGAGAAGGGUCCAACCGGACCGGCCGGAAAUGAUGGGAAGAUAGGUCCCCGUGGCGGAACCGGAAUCGCCGGACCUCCUGGACCUCCUGGAGGCAGAGGGUCUGACGGUUUCCGGGGUCUCCCAGGCGCCGAGGGACAGCCAGGGCCACGGGGUGAAUCAGGAGGGCCAGGGACAAACGGGGGACUAGGACUCAAAGGCCCUCCAGGUGACAGCGGCCAUCAAGGACUCCGUGGCCCCCCAGGAGAAAGAGGACUCACUGGGAGCCCGGGUGGCCCUGGACAUGAUGGUAAACCUGGCCUUUCUGGAGGUAGGGGUCGAGAUGGAGGUAAUGGGUCACCGGGUCCUCCUGGAGACAACGGGUUCCCUGGUACCAUGGGCCAUCCAGGACUUAGAGGAGGACGUGGCGACGACGGGAAAGUAGGAGAAAAGGGAGCACGAGGCACUGAUGGGAAACCUGGUGGUCCUGGUAAAGAUGGAAGACCUGGUGGCCCAGGAUCUGUUGGCCCUCCUGGACCAAGAGGAGAGAGGGGAAUCCCAGGGACCUCAGGACAAUCAGGAGGUCAGGGGCCUAUGGGGUCUCCUGGGUUUCCUGGUGAAAACGGUGCCCGUGGCGACCAGGGUGACCCUGGUGGUCUCGGUGGCCCCGGACCCGUUGGACACAGAGGUGAUCCUGGUUUCCAGGGGCAACAAGGACCUCCUGGUAUUUCUGGGAAGCUGGGCCCACGCGGACGAAAUGGAGAAGAUGGAUCGGAUGGUUCCAAGGGCCCCACGGGCCCCCAGGGUCCCAGAGGACUUCCAGGAAUGGCAGGAAUAAAUGGCAUGCCAGGACAGGAUGGCAGUAACGGUGGGCCCGGUCCUAAAGGGAGCAGGGGUGACCAAGGGCCCAAAGGAGGAGACGGCCCGGACGGGAAGGAUGGGAUCCUUGGGAAGAUGGGGUUCCCAGGUUUCCCAGGCCUGCGUGGGCGAACAGGCCCAAAGGGAGAAGAUGGCCCUGGUGGAACUUCAGGAAUCAAUGGUCCUUCAGGUGGAUCUGGUCGGCGUGGCGACCGAGGACCUCCUGGACCUCCAGGCUUGCGUGGCCUUCCAGGUGGUGACGGUCUCCCUGGAGGCAAAGGCGGACCAGGAGAGAAAGGACCGAAUGGCGACCCAGGUCACAUGGGCGAUCAGGGCGAAGACGGAGUCCCUGGCACUCAGGGUCCAGGUGGUGGUGUGGGACCCAAAGGAUCACGAGGCUCUAUUGGUCCGAAUGGUGCCCCAGGGUUCCCUGGAGGCCCAGGAAGAAUUGGACCUCUGGGCAGUCAAGGCCCAGCUGGUCCAACGGGUCCCGCAGGAGAGGACGGCAAGUCCGGAACCAAAGGGGAACCUGGCCUGAUGGGGUUCCCUGGACCUACAGGCCAUCGUGGUUCUAUUGGGGUCCCUGGGACGCCAGGGGAGAAGGGUCCCCUUGGAGGAAAAGGCAAAGAUGGUCCUCCUGGUCGGAUUGGUCCCUCUGGCAUCACUGGACAGAGGGGACAGAACGGUUUGAAUGGGAUUAAGGGUUUCCCAGGAAAUAUUGGUCCUUCUGGAAAACAGGGAGAAACGGGUCCUGCCGGGCCCAUUGGCACCCCAGGUGACGCAGGUUUAGACGGACAGGGAGGACUUCCUGGACCACCUGGUCCCCCUGGACGUGCUGGUCCUGAUGGUAAACCUGGUCCGGAGGGUCAAGAUGGACGAGAUGGGCUACAAGGCCGAAGGGGCGAGCGUGGUGGGCCCGGUUCUCGGGGGCCCAAUGGCCACCUGGGCCCGCGAGGUGUCACUGGCCCCGAUGGACCCCUGGGCAAGCCAGGCGACGGUGGACACACUGGUCCUACAGGCAAACCAGGUCCCGAUGGGCCAGCUGGGAAAACCGGAGGCAUGGGCCCCAGAGGUGUUGCGGGCCAGAGGGGUGACCGCGGAGGGCCAGGCCGGAGAGGCAUCAAGGGACACCGAGGACGCCCAGGCUCACCCGGCCUUAUUGGGCCCCCUGGCGAUCGUGGAGCAGUAGGACCCAACGGCCAAACUGGCCCUGGAGGACUCAGAGGUGUUCCAGGAAAGCCGGGGCGAGACGGGCUUCAUGCCACCGAUGGUCCGACAGGACCCGUCGGCCCACCUGGACCACGCGGUACCAAUGGGGAACGGGGACUUCCUGGACCCGAUGGCCCACCUGGACCUCCAGGCCCUCCCGGGAGCAUAAUCGAUGACCGCAUCAGGCCCUCACCCAUCAAAGGGCGCACUAUCCGCCCACAACACGACUACUUUGACUACGAUCAGGGCAGAGGAGGCUACGACCAGGACAGAGGAGGCUACUUCCGUGCCGAUGGGACUGGACCUGGAGCCGAGGAGGAGAGGGAGCGCGGCGAACGGGUGGAGGCCAGGCUGAAGACGCUGAGUCAGGAGGUGGAGAACCUGAGAAGCCCCGACGGAACCCAGCAGGACCCCGCCCGCAUGUGCCACGACCUCAGGAUGUGCCACCCCGACUGGAAGAGCGGUGUUUACUGGGUCGACCCCAACCAGGGCAUUCCGGACGACGCCAUCAAGGUCUUCUGCAACAUGGAGAGCGGCGAGACCUGCGUCUACCCAACCGUGGCCACUGUGCCUCAGAAGAACUGGUACACCAGCAAGAACAAGCACAAGAAGCACAUCUGGUUCAGCGAGUCCAUGUCUGGAGGUUUCGAGUUCCAGUAUGGCAGCCUGGCAGCUGACCCCGACGACAUAGAUGUCCAGUUCUCCUUCAUGCGCCUGAUGUCCACCGAGGCGUCCCAGAACCUCACCUACCACUGCAAGAACAGCAUCGCCUACAUGGACCAGGCCACCGGCAACCUGAAGAAGGCCCUCCUGCUGCAGGGAUCCAACGACAUCGAGAUCAGAGCCGAGGGCAACAGCCGCUUCACCUACAGCGUCAGCGAGGAUGGCUGCAUGGCUCACACUGACACGUGGGGUAAGACUGUCAUCGCCUACAAGACAACGAAAACAUCUCGCCUGCCCAUCACUGACAUCGCUCCUAUGGACGUCGGUGCUUCAGAUCAGGAAUUUGGUGUGGAAGUCGGCCCAGUGUGCUUCUUGUAGAAAAAAAAAACACAGAAUCUGGACUUUGUGGGGGGAAUAUUUUUUUCUAACAGUCAUGUGUUUGUUCAGUGGCAAUACCAUAACUCACUUUUUUGUGCUUUUCUAAUUCUGGGGAGGCAUCAAUCAAGACUGACUAUUUUUUUUUUUUUUUUUAAUCCAUCCAUUCAUCUGUAAAUGUCAUCCCCUGGAAGCAAGGAAUAUAUCUGUAAUGAAACAAUGGUGCUUUAGUUUUCAAAAUAAAGCUCUGUGGAAAGACGCCGAUAAAAAAA